AUGGCCGAGGAGAAAAGCUUUCGUUAUGGCUUCAUCAUCCUGGGUUUCUUCCUGGUGAUGACGGGGAUGUUCAUCAUGAGCGUAGAGAAGCCCCAGAUCUACAUCACCUUCUGCACCCUGGGGGUCCUGCUCGUGGUCGUGGGCAUCACCUGGAGCAUGUGUCAGUGCUACCCCAAGAUAACAUUCAUCCCUGUGGACCCCGAGGCUGAGCGGUUCCUGGAGCACAAAUCCAUCGUGCUGCCGGAGAAGGGCACCCGCUUGCAGAUACCUUGCUCCAACCAAGAGGCUGACAACACCUAUGAGAAAAGCCUGCCGUCCUAUGAGCAGCUCCAGAGGCAGGCACUGAGCUCAGUGCCGUUCCCUGCCGUGGCCCAGCCCAGGUCCCGCAGCUGCUCCCAGUCGGCUGUGCAGGCGAGAGCAGAGGUGCACAGAGAGCUGGGCAGUGCUGCAGAUGCCCCCCGAGAGCCCACAGCUCAGCUGGACACGGCGGCAGGCAGCUGCCCCCCGCAGCCGCCCCCGGGGCCCGCGCCGCUGGCAUCGCUCCUGGAGGACAUGGACACCCCGUCGCUGGAGGGUUCCGUGCCCGGCAGCCCCGCGCCGCGGGGCCGACCCUCCCCGUCCACCGAGCGCUCCGGCUGCACCCCGGCCGCCUCCCCGGCAGGGGGCCCGCAGCCCGGCUCCCCCCGCAGAGGCCCUGGGAAGGAGGAUGACCUGUAUUACGGGCUCCGAGAGGAGCUGGACACGCUGCUCGAGGACAGCGACCGCCUUUUUGAGCCCGACAACUGA